AUGCCGAAAAAGAGUGCAUCUGGUGAAGUGCCCGAUGAGGCUUCACAACCAAGUCCACCCCAUAGCAUCCCCUGUCCACCAGCGAUUCUCCUCAACGAUGUUUCGGUCAACCAAGGUUUAAAUGCCCUCCCGAAAUCCAGUAACGUUGCUGAUACACCAACAGAGCCUAACCAUGAUGUUACAGCGGGACAAAAUCUGGAACUGAUACUGGAUUCUUAUGACGGCAUGAAUACAGGAGUAGAUACAGCAGUGGCGAGUUCAGAUCACGACCUCGCGGCAAUGCGGCUUUUUGAUAAGAUCUCAAACAGCUUUACAGAAACACUCGCGAAACCAACUCCACCAAACACAGCGACCAACGAAGGUCAUAGUCUCCACGAUCAGCGACAAGAUGUUGAGAGUCAAUCGUUAAACAGGAGCACGCCAUCAGUGCUUCAGAGAGGUACAGCAGCUCGGAGAAAUUCGUCGACAUUGUCGGAGACUCUAGUAGGGGAGUCUGAGAUUCCGUCAGAAGAGCCUGAGAUUCCACUAGAAGAGCUUGAAAUUCCACCAGAAGAACCUGAGAUCGAGCCUGAUAUCGAGCCUGAUAUUCCGCUAGAAGAGUCUGAGAUCCCGGCAGAAGAGCUUAAUAUUCCACCAGAAGAGCUUGGGAUUGGUGCGCACCUCGAGCCUAACGACGAAUUCAACACAGCGUUAGUUCCUUUGAGCGAGGCUGUGCCAUGUGAGUACUCUCGUUAUGAUUAG